AGAUGGAACUGCAGUCGAUCGCAUCAGCAGUGAGCACGAGGAUUCGAUAGCUGCUGCAUCUGAAGUUCACGACAGAGACUACGAUGGAUCAGAUGACUCGGACAUGUACAUGGAACCCGAUGAAGCUGAAACUGAAAAUCACGAGUCUCAACAAGCCAAAGAAGAACCAGCAUUCAAUCAAGCAUCAGAUACUCCAGAAACAACAACGACCGAGUCCCAAGUAGAAGCAGAUAAAAUCGAAGCAGUUCCAACAGCGCAGGAAGAUAAAAGCUUAGAACAAGAGAGUCAAAACUUCUUUCCUUCUUUUGCAGAACUAUUCGCCAACCAUCGACUAACUUACAAUGAACAGCAACAGCAACAACGUUAUCGUCCAAACCGUUUUUUGGGCUACUUCCAACGCGAACGAGCCCCCUAUCAAUCAUCAGCGUCCACGGUUAAAGAUGCACAACACCCACUUCUAGGUUCGGGCAACUUCGGGGUCAUACGUGGAGGGACUUAUUACUCUGAAGAAAAAGACGAGGAGUACAAUGGCGAUGAGAGUCUGUAUAAUCCGUACUACUCAUCCAAUCAUGCCAACAGAGGACGAUCCAAUCAUUAUCGGAAUCCUAAGCCACAACCUGUUCGGCCAGGAGAUUUUUUCUCGAAUUUCCGCGACUUUGCUGACAUCACAGCUCCACCCAAGUCUAGUUUUUCUCAUUUGUCUGUUGUUUAUACGAAUCGAAAUGGCACGAAAAGUGCUGCCGUUGGAGGAGCCACUGAACCGAGGAAUAUCAUUGAAACUCUGAGAAUGUUAGAAGAGCAAGACAAUGAAAAUACUGGAGAUGAUAGCACAACAACAACUGAGCUACCAGUUAAAAAAUUGAGUUCUGGAAAGCGAAAACUUAUGAAAAUGAAAAAAUACCAGGAAGAUAAGGCCAGAAAAUUUCGUAUGACUGUUGAACCUUUGCUUGCUUUGAGCUGA